CGGGGCUGGUCGCCGCCUCCAACUUCAGUCUCUGGCGGCGGCGGCGGGCGCAGGGCUGCGCGCGGUCCGGCGGCUCGGGCGGCCCCGGUUCCGGCCGGGAUGGGCGGGCGGCCGCGCCGGGGACAGCGGGGGCGCGCGACGUGACCCGCCGGCCGCGCGGCGUCGAGGGUCUGCCGGAGCGCGGGCGCGGGCCGGCCGCCCGGCCGCGGCCAGAGCAUGCGGGGAGCGGCGCGGACGGCCACGGGGCGCGCGGGGCAGCGGUGGCCGCCGCUGGCGCCGCUGGUGCCGCUGGCGCUGCUGGCGCUGCUGGGCGGCGCGGGCGCGCAGUACUCGAGCGACCUGUGCAGCUGGAAGGGGAGCGGGCUGACGCACGAGGCCCACCGGAAAGAGGUGGAACAGGUGUACCUGCGCUGCUCCGCGGGCACUGUCCAGUGGCUGUACCCCACUGGGGCACUCAUCGUCAACCUGCGCCCCAAUACCUUCUCGCCCUCCCGGCACUUGACUCUGUGCAUCAAGCCAUUCCAGGAUGCUUCGGGGGCCAAUAUUUAUUUGGAAAAAACUGGAGAACUGACACUGCUAGUGCGGGACGGAGAGCCUGGGCCCAGCCGUGUGCGCUGCUUUGACUUCCAACAGGGUGGCCUGUUUGUGGAGGCCACGCCACAGCAGGACAUCAGCAGGAGGACCACUGGCUUCCAGUAUGAGCUGGCGGGCAGGCGCAUGGGCCCGGAUCUGCACACACGCUCUGCCCCCUGCCGCCCCUGCAAUGACACUGAGGUACUCCUGGCCAUUUGCACCAGCGACUUUGUUGUCCGAGGCUCCAUCCAGAAUGUGACCCAUGAACCCGAGAGGCAGGAAUCAGCCAUCCACCUGCAUGUGAGCCGGCUAUACCGGCAGAAGAGCAGGGUCUUCCGGGCCGCCCCAGAGGGCGGGGGCUGGCGGGGACAGGUCACCACACUGCUCGAGUGUGGGGUGAGGCCAGGCCAUGGCCAGUUCCUCUUCACUGGCCACAUGCACUUUGGGGAGGCCCAGCUAGGCUGUGCCCCACGCUUCCAGGACUUUCAGAGGAUGUACAGGGACGCUGCAGAGAGAGGCCUGAACCCGUGCGAGAUGGGCACAGAAUGACGCCAGUGGUGCCAGGGCCUGCAGGAGACAGGCCAGAGGUGCCCCAGUGGGGGUCGCAUGUCAGACCCCAAGAACUCAUGAUGCUGAUUGGAAGUGCUGUGAAAUGCAAAUAAGUUAUUAUAUUUUUUUUUAAAAAGAAAUGUCCCUAGGAGACCAACUUCA